AUGUCUACACCAGGUAAAUACAGUCAGAGCAGAGGAGACACGGCGCUGUCCGUGGUGCUGAAAGAGAACAUCAGCGUGUCAGACGGUGGUCAGAACCACGGACAGCGCCGGGAUGUUUCUGGAGUCAGACGAGAAGCUGUGGGAUUCAUCCAUUAUCUUUAA